AUGUACCUGUGCAAGAAUGGCAUUGGAGUCAGGAUGGAGAAAUUUUCAGGUUCAAAUGGAGUGGACUUCAAGCUUUCACAAGUGACGCAAGAGGACACGGGAAACUACAGUUGUGUGUAUUCAGAAGGCAGACUUGUAGCCCACGAAAUUACAACUAUUGGUCAGAAACACGUCUUCAUUCAAGUCAAAGAAUUUCUUUCGGGCAAAAUCCAUGUGACAAACAGUGUCAUAUUUGAGGGUGACAGUGUCAGUCUCGCUUGUACUGGCACUGUCACGAACAAUAGACCAGCGUUGCACAUAUACCUUUGCAAGAAUGGCGUGGGAGUCGUCAAGAAUGUGGUUCAGGGAAAAGAAGGUGUCCAGUUUACAUUGGAACAAAUCAAGAAGGAACAUUCAGGCAAUUACACCUGUGUGUACUCAUUUAGCAAGUAUGACCCCCCGGUCACUGUUUGUUCAAUAAGUGACAACCCCGUCCUCAUCCAAGUUGAAGAUUUUACUCGGACAGAUUUUACUCAGCCAGAUUUGGACGUGGGCGGACGUAGUCGGACAUGGUGGGUGAACGUCUUCAGACUGGCGUGUUCAGCUGGAGUUGUCAUGGCAGCGGUGGCUGCUCUCGUGGAUUCUUAUGUCUGGAGCAAGAAAGCGUUGCACAGGGAAACCCCUAACGAAGAUCCAAAACGGGAUGACGACAAUUCCACCUCCAUGGGACCACAGACGCUGCCAGAAUGAAGAGAAAGAAGUCAACAGGAAUACUGAACCCAAACACCUUCUUUUGAUCUCAAUGAAGUGCAA